CACUUAUUUGGUGGUCUGUUUGCAGUGAGGUUUUGUUUGUGUUCCUACACAGUGCUGCGUAAAUUGACAGUUAAUGGAUUUGUGGAACCUCAUCAGAACAUGGAGGUGGUGGGUUUUCUUGGUGCAGUUUUCGAGAGGUUACGGCAGUUUUUAGAGUGUUGUGGUCAUGUGGGAGAAGCUCAUGCCUGCAGAGAGAAACUGGAGAAGAUCAUCAUCCUCUACACUAAAGUCUUCCUGGACUUCCUGGAGACUCACCCGCACUCGUUUAUCCCCCUGAUCCAGCGCUCACUUGAGUUCUCUGUCUCCUACGUGUUCACUGAGCAGGGUGUCGGUCUCAUCUUUGAGCGCUUCAUCGUCCAGUGCAUGAACCUCAUCAAGAUGAUUGUCAAGAAUGAUGCCUACAGACCGGCCAAGAACAUUGAGGACAGUAGAGCAGAGAGUCUGGAGGCACACAGGAUUAAAUCGUCUUUCUUCACACACUCGACUCUGACUGAGAUCUGUAAAAGACUUGUUUCCAAAUACUUCCUGUUAACACAGGAAGAGCUCAGCAUGUGGGAGGAAGAUCCUGAAAGCUUUGCCGUUGAAGAGACUGGAGGUGAUUCAUGGAAAUACAGCUUGCGUCCAUGUACAGAGGUUUUAUUCUUGGACCUUUUUCACAACUACAGUCAGACUCUGACGCCGGUGCUGCUGGACAUGGUACAGACACUACAGGGUCUCAGUAAUGUUGAUGAUCCAGCACAGAUGCUGAUGAAGGAUUCAGUGUAUAAUGCUGUAGGUCUGGCGGCGUACGAGCUGUUUGACAGUGUGGAUUUUGAUCAGUGGUUUAAGAAUCAGCUGCUGAUGGAGCUUCAAUUUAACCACAUCAGGUAUAAGGUGAUUAGAAGACGUGUGAUCUGGUUGGUUGGUCAGUGGAUCUCUGUGAAGUUUAAGCCGGAGUUGCGUCCAAUACUGUAUGAAAUCAUCCUGGGCCUUCUGCAGGACCCUGAUCUCGUGGUUCGUAUUGAAGCGGCAACAACACUGAAGCUCACUGUUGAUGACUUUGAGUUCAGAACUGAGCAGUUCCUACCAUACGUGGAGUCGAUCUUCUCUCUGUUGUUCCAGUUGUUACAGCAGGUUACGGAGUGUGACAGUAAAAUGCAAAUCCUCCAUGUUAUCUCCUGUGUUAUAGAGAGAGUGGGCAUGCAGAUACGUCCUCACGUUGGUUGCCUUGUUCAGUACCUUCCUUUGCUGUGGAAACAGUCUGAAGAACACAACAUGCUGCGCUGUGCUAUCCUCACUACACUUAUCCACCUCGUAAAGGGCCUGGGGGCAGAGAGCAGGAACCUGUAUGCAUUUCUGCUCCCUGUCAUUCAUCUGAGCACAGACGUGUCCCAACCACCACACGUCUACCUGCUGGAGGAUGGCUUGGAGCUGUGGUUGGUGACAUUGGAGAACAGUCCCACUUUAUCUUCUGAGCUGCACAGAAUUUUCAAGAACAUGUCAGCACUGCUUGAGAUGAGUACAGAGAACGUGCGGACGUGUUUUCAAAUCAUCAACUCCUACAUUUACUUGUCAGCCGACGACUUCCUACAGAGUUAUGGUGAAGCUCUGUGCAGGUCUUUCUGUGAAUUCCUGAAGGACAUUACAGCUGAGGGGCAAGUGCAAGUGCUCAAGGUUGUGGAGAUUGCACUGAAAGCGAGUCCAAUUUUGGCAUCUCACAUAUUUCAUCCUCUACUGCCUGCUGUGUUCAGUGGAGUGAUUGAAGGAGAGAGGUACCCUGUGGUGAUGUCGACAUAUCUGGGUAUAAUUGGUCGCAUCCUUCUGCAGAACUCCAGCUUCUUCUCUUCACUGCUUACACAGAUGGCCAUGGAGUUUAACCAGGAGCCAGAGCAGCUGUUGGGGAACCUGAUGGAGAUGUGGGUGGACAGGAUGGACAACAUCACACAGCCUGAGAGGAGGAAACUCUCAUCAUUAGCUCUGCUCUCAUUAUUACCUUCAGAUAACACUGUUGUACAGGAGAAGUUUUGUGGGAUUAUUAAUAUCUGUGUCGAGUCUUUACAUGAUGUUAUGACUGAAGAUUCAGAGACUGGGACCUUCAAAGACUGUAUGUUGAUGAGUGGAGUGGAGGAGCCAAAGUUCUCUGAUGAUGAAGAACCUCCCACUGAACAGGACAAGAGAAGGAAAGUGCUUGCUUUAGAAGACCCGGUACACACAGUGUCUCUGCAGCAGUGUGUGUAUGAGAAGCUAAAGCUACAGCAGGGGUUGAUGGGAGAUCAGGGCUUCCAGUCUCUCAUGGAGACGGUGGACACAGAGAUCAUCCACCAGCUGCAGGCUUUCCUUCAGGGACUGUAACCAUAGCAACAUCACACUCAUACAGUGUAACUCACACCAUUACCACAGGAACAUCAAAUCACCAUCACACAACAUCAGAUAAUAUCAAACUGUGCCAAAUAUCACACACACACACACACAUCACUCACUCUAUCUCACACACACACACAUCACUCACUCUAUCUCACACACACACACAUCACUCACUCUAUCUCACACACACACACAUCACUCACUCUAUCUCACACACACACACAUCACUCACUCUAUCUCACACACACACACAUCACUCACUCUAUCUCACACACACACACAUCACUUACUCUCUCUCACACACACACACACACACACACACACAGUCACACAUCAUGCACACAUAAUCACACGUCACACAC